CUCUGAAAUACACCUAACCAUAUAUAAUAAUAUUUCAGAACUUUUUUCCAAUGCGAAUAUGACCUUUGGCUCGUUUCUUUGAAUUUGAAGUUAUGAGUGCUAUUCUCAGCCAUUGUCCAUACCAAAAAUGAAAAAUAUCGCUUUGGAUAUUACCGUUGCUAUCUGUUUCUCCGUUCUUUAAACUCUGAUGACCACUGCCCAUUCCGCUCUUGCGCACCGCUCAGCCAUUCACUUAGCUGGUACUCAGAGGCGCUUGAAAAUCAACUUAAGUAUGUUAUGUGCAUAGUUUGUAUGUACGUUCACUAUUUUACAUUGGUGUGCACACACCUAGAAACAUGUACUGAUUGUUGACGUGCUUGGUGCUUCGACAUCUUUAAGCGUUGUUGUUGUAGUUGGCAGAAAUCUCUUAGGCGUUAGCUGUGUGAGCCUACGUCUUGACUUGCUGUACUCAUCGGCCAGAUAUCGUGCGCGCAUUCGCAGUGGAGCAAUGCCCGACAACGCAUCGCUACGUCGGAAUUAGUGUCGAUAGAGUCUCGUGCGUUACAAAAAUAAUAUACUUUAAUGGUUUUCGCUUGGUGUCUGUGAUAUCUGCAAUUGAAUAGUCUCAAGCUGAAGUAUAAAAAAUUAUUUGUAAUACAGAAAAAGGCAUAUUACAUUGUUGGCAUCAAAAUUACGGCAAAUGAGAUAAUACAUGAUUUACUCGUAGUUUACCCGCAGUUUCACAUAUAUUCAAGCAGUCGUCGCAACGCUAUGAACUGACAUGAUACCAUUUGAACCGAAGUCAGCCAURCCGUCUACAUGAUCGUUAUUGCCGAAGAACAGAUUGCUCGUGGUGCACCAAUCAGUUGACGCUUGCGGGUACUCGAAUCGAUCAACAAUGUUGUUUAUGAUGACCUGAACUGAUUUAAUUGUGUUUUUGGCACACGUGUUUGUUCUGAUUUAAUCAUACUCGUUGCAGCUCUCUGAUAGGUACAUAUAAAAUUCCGAAACAUAAAUUACAGUCCGUAGAAACAUGAAUAAAACAAUUUGCUAAACAUAAAUAAUACUAUAAAAAUAACUUUGCAAUAAACAACGGCAAACAACAUAAAUCGAUACAGACCACAUACAAAAACUAAAGAAAUGCACAACAGGUUGAGUGAAAAUACAUAGCUGCAAGGCUAGUGCUUCGGUUAAAUCACACAAAUUAACGCAACAUAGAGUGCAAUAAUCUAUUUUUGCCAAUACUACCAACAAUGGUAACUUGCAGCAUGGUGGACACUGUGCCCAUUUCGAAAAUGAAUACCGCGCAUUCUCGAAAGCCACUAAGCAGCAAUUCUUCCGGUUUCCGGCUUUUGGACGCCGAUCACUUGGAAACAGCCUCAAGUGUCAGCAAAAAUUCUGUUUACAAAUUAAAAAUUGAUUUGAUGUUCGAUGACACCAGAUCUCUACGCAGUAAUCGACUUGAUGACACCAGAGGAUCACAUCGAACUCGUUCCAUAAUCAUGUAUGGACGUAGUGAGUUGGCAAGCACAGGGCAGAGUGCUCGAUCCAUUACAAGUUUGCUGCAGGAAUCUACCGAAACGACGAAAAAUCUUGCAACUUCCACUAAAAAAGAUGUGCAACGUAUGAGUAAUAGUGUUCAGGAACAAAUCGAGCAGCUUUUUACUGAUGUGGCUAAAGAUGCUACCAGCAGCUUUACCGUUAUAUACUUGGGUUCAUUACCGCUAAAAGAUAAAGUAACUAGCCUUCAAGGGCUUCAGCCACCUCUUCGUGAACUUUAUUUAAAGGAGUUGAAUACUAAGGAAAAGUGCUUUGGUUUUCUGGAAAUCUGUACAACUGGGUUGCGAGUUAAAAUUAAUGCUAAUUAUAACACCAACACUCAAAGUGAAGAGAAUAUUACUCCAUUUCACAACAUAGCAGUUUGGUCCGCAGUGAAAUUCGUUGUCUCAGAUAGUGAUGGCGGUGCUGCUUUUCUACCGUUGAUUACAGACCCCGACAAUAUUGACAAAACGUCCUUAUUUCGUCCAUUGGAUGGCAAUGAAAAAAAUCAUGUUCCAAAUAAUGGGCAUUCUCCAAUUUUUGCAGUCGUUAUGCGGGCCCCCGGUUUGCCAAAGGUCCUAAAAUGCCAUGCAUUCAUUUGUAAAAGCACCGAAGAUGCAAUUGUUAUCGCUGCCACAUUGUACCAGAGCUUAAUGGCCCACGUAAAUUCUAGUUCGCAUCGAAGCACUAAACGACGUACACCACGCAAUCAAAACGGCGUUAGUUGUAUAAGUAUUGCUAGUAGUUCGGCUCGAACGGGGUCAAAUUAUUUAUCACAAUCCCAUGCCUUAUCUAAUGGUCGGAAAAGUUCUCUGCGUAGUUCUAGUGAAAGCAUGAGCGCAGAAAUAGCUACACCUCCUAGAUCUGGUCGGAAAAAGCGUUUUUCCAACAGCUUUCUUACUUCUAGCAAUAAUGUUAUUAACGAGACGGAAACUACAACUGAAGAACGAAGACGUAAAUCUCAAAAAAGUAAACGUGCUCCUCCGGUUCCUAACGGUUUACACUCUAAUAACUCUGUACGUAACAUUGGUAAUCAAGCUGCCAUUGCUCUCAAAGACGCAUUUUGUGAWGGUUGUGGAGGUGGCGGCUUCUUAUCGGUUGCGGGUUCAUUGGAUGGUAACUCUAACAGCGUCCUACGUAACGAUAAUAAUGGAGAUAUACUAACCCGCGUAGCAAUACCUCGAUCCGGUAGCUUCCUAAACACGGGAGGACUUACGCGGUAUAAAUCAAGAGCUGCGCGUAGACAUUCUGGUAAACUAGGCGGAGGUGGUGGUUCACCACUUGGUUUCAGCGAACUGUUUAAUGAAUUCCGCUUGCAUGAAAACCUUCAUUCAUUGGACGAAAUUCUUUAUGCCAUAAUUGACGCCGAUGGUAUGUCAUUCAACGAUCUUAAGCCAAUCUACAAAGAAUUCCUUAUGAAAUUGGCGGUAACCCUCACAAAGGAUGAACUCUUCCAGCGAUCAAAGAAUAUUAUGCGGCGACAAAGGAAAAAGAAGUUUAAGCAACGAAGUAACGCUCCAGUAACACAGAAAAAAUCCAAAACGUUUAUGUUUGGAACGAGGAGUUUAAAAAAAGUUCUCCACUUAGGCCAAUUUAGAUCCUGUCGCGGCAAACCAAUGUCAAAAUUUCCCCCGAAUAAAAAAGAAGUCAGUAAGAGUAGGAUGCAUGCAGUGAAACCAUCCGUCACAGGGCAGUCAAAUGACCAUCAGCGGAUGSGAGUAGCAACCAGUGGUUCGGACGUAUCGGUAGUGCGCAAAGACAACACACUUCGUGGGCUAAAUAGAAAUAGCAGCAGCGGCUACGUGUCUUGUUCCGAGUGCAGCUAUGAUUCAGAAUCAUGCACGUGCACAUCAGCGGACCGAUGUUACUGCAGUCUACGAACGGAUCACGUCGACAGCAGAUUACGCCACAAAAGUGAACGAAACAUUAUUACAUCAAAUAAUACAACUAGCAUCAGCAGACGAAAUACAAAUAACUCUUCUGGAGGUAACAUUAAUCGGGAUUCCUUAAUAUCUUGCAAGUCGGAUGAAAAAUGCUACUGUUCCUUGGUAGAGGAAAAGAGUGCUUUGCCCGUGUGUGAUUUUACAAACAUAAAUUCGGAUACGACGUGGUGUGAUACUGAUAGUUGUGUCAGUACUAGCAAAUGUUAUUGCCAACGCAGCCAGCGUGAUCGUCAACAAAGAUCUAUUCGUGGUGACACGAGUACUCCUUUUUCGCACAAAGGUAGUACUAAAAGUCAAACCGCCGCAGAGAAGCUUGCUUUGGAUUACGAGCUCUUUACGAUAAGCAGUAAUGGAAAAUCGGUCCAACCACAUGAAGCAUUAAGUGUAAAAAAAAGUGUAGAAGCAGCUGCUAUAUUUGCCGAUAUGAAACUUAGUCAAACAACUGACAUUAAAAGCAUGUGCCCACCACCUUCGAUUAAAUCUAAGACCAGUUUAUCCGUAAGAAGUGCGCGCAGCGAGGAAGCAAAGAGGUUUGUUCAAUCCGUAAAGAAGCGUGAUUCCUCUAGUAUCGAUCGACGGCACAAACAUCAUAGUACCGGUGUUUUAUCGUCAAGUUCAUCCCAAAAAUCCCAUAGCGCUGAAGAUUUAUUGGGAAAAUUGAGAGCAAUGGAAAAAAACUCAAAGUCAGAAUCGUUGAAGAGUGCCCGUGGCAAAGGUCAAACUUUGCUUACAGAGUUUAAAAAACAUGGCAAAUUGCAUUGUAAUUAUCAGUCGAUGCGAGCUGUGAAUGCCUCUUUGGAAGACACUCUAGGGUAUUUGCCAUAAAUCGAAGUUAUGAUGUAAUGAAAUAAAAUUCUACGUAUAUUAAUAUUCAUUGUACUUAUGUAAUGRAAAAAUUCAACUUGUUUGAAUUUGGCGUAUUAAUUUUGUCACAUAAAAAUAUGUGUUUAAAUUAUUACUGUGGGCAAAAAUAGUAAGACUUUUAAUUUAAAAAAAUUACGCAUGAAAACCCAUUUGUUGGAUAUUUUUUUCCUAGGCUAUGACUAUGACAUCCGUCAAAAUUUUGUGACAAAAUUUUCACAACGUAAUAAUCACUAAUGUUUCGUCUUUCUGAAGUACAUAAAGUUUGCUAGGUGACUAUUACGAUGAGUGAAAAUUUUCAACAAAAAAUUAUUGUUUUCAUCGAUUAUCGAGGUGUGAUGCACUCCGAAUUCCUUCCAAGCGGCCAAACUCUUAAAAAGGAAUACUAUUUGAGUGUUAUUCGUCGUUUGCGCGAAGCUAUUUGUAAAAAGAGGUCGAAAUUGUAGGUCGACCACUCUUUGUCGCAUACUGCAAUGAUUCUUCGUGAUUAUUUCGCCAAAUUUUCAAUCACUAUCGUACCGGAGCCACGGUAUUCRUCUGAUUUAGCUCCGUGUGACUUCUGGCUUUUCAGCCAACUCAAACGACCGCUCCGGAGAAACAGUUUGGAGUCAAUUGAAGGCAUUAAAUGUUAAUCGAUACGCGCAUUGAAGACUAUUUCGAAAAGUGACAUUAACACCUGUUUGGAAGAUUGAGGACAAGGGAGAUUACUUUGAGGGGACGACGUAGACUUUGAAGAUCAUAUUAAGAAUUUUAAAGUGAUGAACAAAGUACUACWAUUUUUUGCUCAUAGUAGUAUAUUAUGAGUAUAACAGCAUAAUAUAUAUUAUUGUACAACGUUAAAUGUAUAACAAAUAAUUAAUUAAUAAGCACAUUUAAGACAAUU